AAUUGACCAUGAAAUUUUUAAUAUCAGAUUCAACCUUUUGCUUCCCAUAUUGGUGAUUCCGCGAAUAUAUUCAAUAUGAUGGUAUAAUAUGCAAUAAUAAAUGACAUUAAUGUAGUUGUAAAAUGUUAAUAUGGGUUUUGCUGGGAGUUUUUGAAUUCGUAAGUGGUGGAAAAACUGCUGCAAUUGUGAAUGGCUUUCAUAGAGCCAGAGAACCUGCACUGGGAGAUUUUCCAUUUCAAGCUAGUUUGAUGCUCCAAGUCAACAACACUAGCUAUCUGACGUUUUGCGGAGGCAGUCUGAUACAUCCAAAAUGGAUACUUACUGCCGCUCACUGUUUAGAACAAGACGGAAAGCCUUUUCCUACGAACAUAGUAACUGUUGCUUUGGGAAGUAUCUUCACUAACGGUAGCAAAGCUCAGCGACUUGCAGUUCAAAGCUUUUACAUCCACAAAAAAUAUUUUGAAACCAACGGUGGAUUCGAUAUUGGACUGAUCAAAUUAAGAACCAACGCCAGACUGGGAAAAAAUGUUCAGCUUAUCCGACUGCAUAAUAAUAAUAAGGAGACCCUGAUAGGAAGCACUGCGUAUUUAACAGGAUUUGGAAUUAUUGAUGAUUAUUAUCACCAAGCGACAAGAUUGAGGAAAGCAAUACUCCACAUCGAUUCCCCGACCAAAUGUUUGAUGAAUUCAGCCGAAUCCCCAGAAAUAUGUUGCACUUCGACUAUAUCUGAAGGAAAAGCGUGCAAAGGAGAUAGUGGCGGACCACUUACAAUCCUCAGAAACGGAAAAUACAUUCAAGUGGGAAUCACUAGUCAUUUGUCUAUUUUACCAUUGUGCAGGAUAUCGUUCAACAAUUCCGUGUACACCAGGGUGUCUGCUUAUAUCGCUUGGAUUUCAAGGGUGACCGGUAUCGAUUUCUCGAAAUUUAAUCAAAGCUGAAGCGGACAUUUUUCUCUACCUUUGUUAAUGAAUCUAGUUUUACAUUGUAAAGAAUUUUGACUUUUUGUAUUAAGUAUAAUUAAAUUGGUUUUUUAGAA